GAUAACUGCGUUAUUAUCGAUUCUUCCCUCAUUCCACACACCCGAAAACCUCCAUGGAUCCGUGUCCUUUUGUUCGGAUCCUCAUCGGAAACUUCGCCAUCACAUCUCCGGCGACGUCGAGGUCUUCUGUCCCCGGUGAAGCACCCCUCUCGAGUUCCCCGUAUUUCUGCCGGAUUCAACUCAGGGACUUCGAUUCUCAUCAGCAUCAUCACUUCGCCACCGUUCCUAUCGUCUCGUCAAACACCGACGAGACCUACCCUCCCUCAGUUGCUGCUAUCUUCGAUUUGAGCAAGCUUCAGAUGGAGAAACUUAUGGCGACCAAGAAUCCAGUAAUGAAAAUUUCCGUUUAUGAGUCUCGGCAGACUCCGUCGUGCUCAUUCGAUACAGCCAAAUUAUUGGGCAAAAUUUCUGUGCCGUUGGAUCUGAACAUGGCUGAGUUUCGAGCGUGUAUGUUUCAGAACGGCUGGGUUGCGCUUGGUGGGAAAAACAGAGCAUCUUCGUCGGGGCAGUUAUUGCAUGUUACAGUUCGCGCCGAACCAGACCCGAGAUUCGUGUUCCGGUUCGACGGUGAACCAGAAUGCAGCCCUCAGGUGUUUCAAAUCCAAGCGAGUGUGAAGCAGCCCGUAUUCACUUGCAAAUUCAGUUUCAGAGAUCGCAGUGUGAGUUCGAGGUCAUCUAUGUCAGAGCCAAGCAAUUCAAAAAGCUGGUUGCCUUCACUAACUUAUCAGAAAGACCAUUCAGCGGAGCGAAAAGGAUGGUCCAUCACAGUGCACGAUUUGUCCGGUUCACCCGUAGCGGCGGCGUCAAUGAUAACUCCAUUUGUCCCCUCGCCGGGGUCUCACCUGGUAAGCCGAUCCAAUCCCGGCGCGUGGCUGAUUCUCCGACCCGGAGGCAACGGGACGUGGAAGCCAUGGGGCCGCCUGGAAGCGUGGCGCGAAAAUAACAGCCCCAAUGCUGUCGGUUACCGGUUCGAAAUCCUUCCGGCCGUCGCAGCUCCGGUCAUGCUCGCAUCCUCCACCAUCAGCUCGCGACAUGGCGGGAAAUUCGUCAUUGACGUCACCUCCGGCGUCACUCCGAUCGACAGCCCGAACGGCAGCUGGGACUUGGGUUCUGGAUCGAGGUCCGGGUCUGGAUCAGGGUCGGAAUUCGGGCUUGAACAGGAACUCUUAUACAGAGGGUUCGUAAUGUCGGCGACGGUGGCAGGUGAGGGAAAGUGUAGCAAACCGGAGGUGGAGGUCGGCGUGCAACUCGUGAGUUGCACAGAGGAUGCUGCGGCUUUCGUGGCUUUAGCCGCAGCCAUGGAUUUGUGCAUGGACGCUUGCCAGUUGUUCUCACGGAAGCUCCGUAAGGAGUUGAGGCAGUAGCCUCUGUCGUUUGAUGCGCUAGAAUUUCGAGGAACAGGAUGUCGUUUCAACGUCAUGGUGUCGUUUAUUCUGAAGCACUUUAAGUUUGGUAGAGUAGCGAGUAGUGACUAGUUCUUUUUUAUAUAAAAUACAAUGCACAGUGUAAAAUGACUUGGCAAGAUCAAGUUUUUUAAAUUUUGUAUUUGGGAAUUGCAGGUUCCUUUUUGCGCUGACAGAUCAAGUCUUGUUAUCUUGUAAAUUAUAGUGGGUUUGUACAGUAUUUUAAAUUCAAGGUGUCCUCUUUUGGAA